UCUUAUUUAUGUUCUAAAAGCUCUACUUGUAUUAUGGUAUUCUAUGAAAAAUCAUUUUCAAUUAUCAUCGAUGAUUUCUCAAAGAAUACUCAAAAAAUUGAAAGUUAAUAAAUAAUUUUAUUUCAAAUUAUAAUUUAUAUAACAAUGCUAUAACUAUAUUUAUUUUAAUAUACGUACAAAAAUUGGAUCACAUCUCUUACUGAAUGUACAUCAAGAUUCAUUGGACGAACCUAGUAGUCUGGUUCAUAUAUGUGUUUUAACAUCUCGAUUUAAAUCGUAGAUCGUAUAUAUAAACGGAUCUGAUCCGAAUGACACCAUUUCCCACUACAGGAUUUAGUGAUCAUUAUGAAUUUACAUAGGAUUAAUUGCCUAAACCUAACUAAAUCUAGGCGAUCCCUUCCCUCAAUCUUCCUCUUCUCCUUAGUUACUUCUCUUCUGUCUCCAAAACCUCCAAUCGCAAUCGCAUCGCCCAAUUUCCCCUUUCUUUCUCACACAAAUCCCAUCCUUCAGCAUUCGUAUAAACUCCUAAGUCCCAACACAAGAGCCCUGUAGAAAAGUUUAUAAUUUGAUAACGGAAACUCUUGUGACAGAUUUCUCAUAAGAAAGUGAAAAAAGACAAUAGAAACUCUUGUGGCUUAGACGGAUGCCAAGUCGGACACUGACGACAAACCCCCAAAAUCUCUGCCCUCCAAUGAGAUCACAGAUAUAGAUAGUCUCAAGAUAAGAUUCCCUCUCUCCAACAGUUCCCCUCCCUAUCGUUGCCCAGAUUUCCGAUAACUAGUCCUUUCUAUACAAAUACCUGCCUCCCUGCAUCACAAUUCAUCACUUCCAUCCUUGAACACAAUCUUCUCAUUCUUUCAUCAUCUCACAGCUUCCUAUCCCCUUCCCAAUUUCCGAAAUGGCCGCCGCAACCAUGGCUCUCUCCUCUCCCUCAUUCGCCGGCAAGGCCGUGAAGCUCUCCCCUUCCGCCUCCGAGCUCAUGGACGGCGGCCGGAUCGUGAUGAGGAAGGCCGCCGGCAAGGUCAAGCAGGUUUCCUCCGGAAGCCCAUGGUACGGCCCAGACCGCGUCAAGUACUUGGGCCCAUUCUCCGGCGAGGCCCCAUCAUACCUGACCGGCGAGUUCCCCGGCGACUACGGCUGGGACACCGCCGGGCUCUCCGCCGACCCAGAGACAUUCGCCAAGAACAGGGAACUGGAAGUGAUCCACUGCAGGUGGGCCAUGCUCGGAGCUUUGGGCUGCGUCUUCCCCGAGCUGUUGGCCCGCAACGGAGUCAAGUUCGGUGAGGCCGUGUGGUUCAAGGCCGGGGCCCAGAUCUUCAGCGAAGGUGGGCUUGACUAUUUGGGCAACCCAAGCCUGAUCCACGCUCAGAGCAUCUUGGCCAUCUGGGCCUGCCAGGUCAUCCUCAUGGGCGCCGUCGAGGGUUACCGUGUUGCCGGUGGGCCACUCGGUGAGGUCGUCGACCCACUCUACCCCGGCGGCAGCUUCGACCCAUUGGGCCUCGCCGACGACCCCGAGGCUUUCGCCGAGUUGAAGGUGAAGGAGAUCAAGAACGGCCGGUUGGCUAUGUUCUCCAUGUUCGGAUUCUUCGUCCAGGCCAUCGUUACCGGAAAGGGACCCUUGGAGAACCUGGCCGACCACAUCGCCGAUCCCGUCAGCAACAACGCCUGGGCUUUCGCCACCAACUUCGUCCCCGGAAAGUGAGAAAUGACUCUUUCGAUCUGGGAAAUUGAAUGGUUGAGCUGAUUGAUAUAUGGGGUUUCGUUUAACGGCGCUUGUUUUAGUGCGGGGGAAAUUGAAUGGUUGUAUCUGUAAAUUUGGGUUUCGGUGCUGUUUCUUCCCCGUUCCAUUGAACUCGUGAGAUUUGUUUUUUGUAUGUCUUCGUGGUGGGAUGCGUUCGAUGAUCCUUUGUAAUCUUUUGUUGGAAACCAAUGGAAGGACUUGAAAUUUGUUGCUUUUCACUUUGCUGCUUCCCUGAAUUCUCAGCCAUUUAUCGGACCGCAAAUCCAAUAGGAAA